AUGGUAACCCUUUCGCUUCUGCAUAAUCUCAAUCUCAUUCUUCUCUUCAACCCUCCCACACUCCAAAACCCUAUCUCUUCAAUCUCUCUCAAACCCUCACAACUCCGCUGUUCCCAUUCCGCCACUGUUCCCGCUCCUUCUCCGCCACCUCCAAUUCGCGUCAAACCCUACGCAAAAAUCGAAGCAAAGCAUGCCCUACGUGAUUACCUUGUCAACACUCGAGGUUACAGUUUCAUAGAUGCAGAUUUUAUCUCCAAAAACUCUCCGCAUUUUAUCAAUUCGCUUAUCUUCAGAGUCGGAAUCAACAUCAGAGACCAUGAUUUUCCUCGGGCUGUAAGAAGGUAUCUUAUGCUUCACCCUAUUAAUGAAUUUGAACCGUUUUUAGAGAGUAUAGGGAUUGAGCAAAGGGAAUUGAAGUUACAUCUGCCUAAAGAUUUGUUUUUUCUUAGUGACGAUAGUGUUUUGGUUGAUAAUUUUCAUGUUUUGUUUAAUCACGGGGUUCCGAGGAAUAGGAUGGGGAAGAUUUAUAGAGAAGCAAGAGAGGUUUUUGGUUAUGGGAGUGGCGUUUUGUCGAAGAAAUUUGAGAGUUAUGAGAAUUUGGGGUUGAGUAAAUCUUCUGUUGUGAAGCUGUUUGUUUGUCGUCCAUUGCUUUUAGUUGGCGACGAGGUUGAUCGUCAAUUUGUUGUUGUUCUUGAUCGGUUGAAGAGAAUUGGGAUUGAUAUCGGAUGGUUUGUGAAUUGUAUGUGGCCCCCGAGAACAUAUAUAUGGAAAGAGAUUAUUGAUAGUAUAGAGUUUUUUCGUCAAGGGGGAUAUUCUGAGAAAGAAAUGUAUGAUUUGUUUACGGCGGAUCCUAAAUUGUUGUUGAAUGGUUUAGGAAAGAGGACAUAUUUGGUUGUAGGUCGGUUGAUUAAGUCGGGUCUUGACGUGGAUGAGAUUUGUUCUUGUUUCAGAGAGCAUCCUGAUGUGUUGUCAAGUCCGCGUAUGAAAAAUUUGAUGUUUGUGAUUGCUUUUAUGUAUAAUAUUCGAAUGGACCAAGAUGCUAUUGCUCAUGUUUUGUAUAACUACAUGCAUGAACUUAGCAAACUUUCGAUAAAAGGUUAUACAACUAUGUCUAAAGAGUUGGGAGUUCGAGAAGGUGAUUUAUGUGAAAUGAUCCAGGAUGAUCCGUUAAAAUUUUUUAGUUCGGCUUUAAAACAGAAGCAAAAGAGGGAUAUAGAUAAAUUCUACUAUGACCCGCAUAGUUAUUUUGAGAAAACAAGUUUCUUGCAGAAACUGGGAUAUAAUGAUAACUCUGAGGAGAUGGAAAUAGCUAUGAAGAUGUUUAUAGGGAAAGGUGAUAAGUUACAAGAGAGAUUUGAUUGUCUGAUUGAAGCUGGUUUGGAUUAUGACACUGUAGUCGAAAUGGUAAAGCGAGUUCCUGGGGUUCUGAACGUUAGGAAAACUCUAAUGCUAAAGAAGAUUGAUUUCUUAAAAAACACUUUAGGUUUCCCAAUAGAAGCUCUCGUGGGAUAUCCAACGUAUUUUACCAAUAACUUGGACCAAAUGUAUGCAAGAUUUGCAAUGUAUGAGUGGUUGAAGAAGAGGACUGAUAUAAAUCCCGAGCUAUCCCUCACUACCAUAUUUGCAACUUCUGAGAAACGGUUUCUAGAAAUGUUUGUGAAUAAGCAUCCUGAAGGUCCAACGACUUGGCAAGCUAUAAACAGUUUAUCUGACAAAUUUAAGAAUUAA